AUGGUGCGGGCACUACAAGAAAUCCUUGCUCGUUCUCCUCACCCUCUCCCUCGUCCACCAGUGCACUGGAGGCCGACGACCUCGCAUACAUGGCUGCAAAACCACAGUGCCUACCUCCUGAUAGAAAGCAAAGCUCAGUCUCAGUGCACUAAAAUACUAUCAGAUAGUUCAGUACCUAUAUCUUACAUAUCAGGGUCUUCUCCUUUGCACAUGGUCAAGAAGAAAAAUGGAGCAUGGUGCUUGCGUGAUGGUUGUUGGAGCCUCAAUGGCUGUACAAUUCCAGAUAGGUACCCAGUUCCGAAUGAAAUGGACUCUAACUCAAAUGUGGCGGGCCCAUGUACUUUCAGUGUUAUUGAGCGUGCAAAAUCCUUCUCGCAGAUAACAAUAGCAAGGAGGGUUAAGCACGAAACUCCCAUAACCUUGCUGUUUGGGCUCAUCAAACACAAUACGAUGCUUUUCGACCUCCACAACACAGCACAAACACCAAAGAAUUUUAUGCGUGUGGUUUUCGAUAGAUUACAGAGCUUUGGAAUCGUGAUAAAUCUGGAGAAAUUCUUUUCUGGCAAGAUUACAAGGUCUCAAAAGCUCGAAUCACACUCCUUCCAGAAAAAUGACAUCCAAGUACUUUCUCUGACACAAGCAUUUAAAGGACUGUGUGCUCAGUUAUUACAGGCUAUGAAAUUGGCACUCGCUAAUGCCACCUUACUGUUGACUGCCUGUGAUGGGAUUGUGCAUUGCUUACUGCUAUCAAUUGGGGUCCUGUGGCCACCGACCAAGAAUCGCCUUUUCCACCCAAAAUGUAUACAGGAUCCAUCAUCCAUGGUACUGCACCUAGGGCUCCUCCAUCUGCAAGGUUCAGUUAAGCCACUGCUCUCCCCUGCAUGCAAGGGUCCAUUUAAAGUACUGAGUCACUCGGACAAAACCUUUGUCUUUGACAUUCAUGGACGCAAGGAAACAGUUUCCACUGUUUAA